AUGAGCUCCCCGAGGGACCAUCUCCCGCCGCGGCUGUCCGUCAAGGAGAUCCACGCGCUGCUGGCGCAUCUCUCCCUCCCGCUGCCGGCUUCCAUCGACGCGCUGCAGGUCACGGCCGCCUUUCACUCCAUCUACCUGCUCAACUACACCGCGUCGACGCCCGCCGAGGCGCUGCUCCCCGCGCGCGCGCGCCGGCCCGAUGGCUCGCUGACGCUGGUGCUGCGCAUCUCGGGCAACCACAUCCCGCACAUCAAGACGGCCAACGAGGUCGCCACCAUGACGUGGGUGCGCGAGCACACGAGCAUCCCCGUGCCGGCCGUCGUGGCGUGGGACGACUGCAGUGGCAGCGGCGGAGGCGGCAAGGGCCCGACGAACCCGCUCGGCCGCGAGUUCACGCUGCUCGAGUGGGUGCCGGGCCGGAGCGUGGACCGCAUGUACACGCGCAUGACGGAGGCGGCCAAGGUGCGGCUCGUGGAGCAGCUGACGGACUACCUCGUCGAGAUGAACAAGUUCGAGUGGCACCACGUCGGGGGGCUGAGCUUCGACAGGAAGGGCCGCAUCGUGCCGGGGCGGUUCAUGGACGACACGUUUUGGCUGCUGCCGGACAUUGAGCAGCUGUGGCCCGCGGGGGAGAGCGUCGACAGCCUCAACCCCCGAGGGCCGUUUGCGUCGCACGCGGCCUUCGUCGAGGGCUACCUCGAGUGCUUCAUCCACAGCAUCCGCAUCCACCCGUCGCUCGCGUGGCUGCGCGACACCAUCCCGCGGCUACGCGCGCUCAUCGCCCUACUCCCUCGCCUGCCGUCACUGGCCUCGACGCGGCUCAUCCUCGCGCACAAGGACUUCCACAACGCCAACAUCAUGGCGCUCGAGGACGGGACGGUGACGGGCGUGCUGGACUGGGAGUUUGCGGGCGUGGUGCCGGCGCACCGGUGGGACGCGGUGCGCGCGUUCCUGCACCCGUGGACGGGCGAGCCCGACGACGUGCAGACGCGGGAGAAGGCGCGCAUGAUGAGGGUGUUUGAGGGCGUGCUGGAGAGGAAGGGCGUGCCGCGGUGGUGGUGCGGCGUGGACAGGGUCACGGAGGAUGUCUGGACGGUGGUGAGGUUUGGGCGUGCGCUGGUGGAGGUGUGUCCGAGGGGGCAGAAGAGGGAUGUGGUGGGCGGCUGGAGGGGGGCCAUGGAGGAUGCGCUUGGUAGACUUGGUGUUUAG